GCGAGCAUCAGGUCAUCUGAGCAUCAACGAGCUUCGACCGACAGACACCGAGUAACGGGAGCAGAGGAGCGGACAGACAGACACACGGUACCGGGAAAAUAAUGUCUGAUGGUCUCUGGGAAAUGAAAGGAGCGCACGAGGACUGUGAAUCAACAGGACGAGACCGGAUCAACAAUGUCAGCGGGUUUACCGGGUAACCUGGGACUGGAAAACAGCGUCUAAUCGGUGAGAGACGCGACAGAGACCAGGAUCCGGUGUGAGACCGCGAAGAACCACAACAACACCACAGCGGAGGUUUUCACCGCUUCAACGUUUAAUUCACCAAACAGUAAAAAAAUCGACCUUUAACCUGACAGACCCGAGGCACCUACCGUGACCGAACCGGAGCAGGAGCAGAGGGACGGUACCGGACUGAGCACCGGGACAGAUCACCGUGAUUUAAAUAAACCACAGACGGUGAAAUCAACAGGAGACUGAACGACGCAGUUCAGUAACGGAAUCCAGACCCGAGAGGACGAGAGACCAGAGGGUGUCAUUUGAAAAUCUGAUCCAGGGCCAGAUCCAAGACCAGGACCAGAUCCAGAACCAGCUGAAAACAUGGAGCUGCGUGGCGUGCUCCUCCUUACCGUGCUGCAGUUCUGUUCGGUGGCCCGGUGCGGCUGCGAGCCUCGGCUCGUGAACAUCGGUGCCGUCCUGAGUCAGAAACGUUACGAGCAGGUGUUUAAGGAGGCGGUGAGCCAGGCCAACACACUGUACGGGAAGGACAAGUUCAAGAUGAACGCCAUCUCCGUCACGCACAAACCCAACGCCAUCCAGAUGGCCCUGUCUGUCUGCGAGGACCUCAUCUCCAACCAGGUGUAUGCGAUCCUGGUCAGUCACCCUCCUCAGUCCAACGACCACCUGACUCCGACACCUGUUUCCUACACUGCCGGUUUCUACCGCAUCCCUGUGGUUGGCCUGACGACACGCAUGUCCAUCUACUCUGACAAGAGCAUCCACCUGUCGUUCCUGAGGACGGUGCCUCCGUACUCCCACCAGGCUCAUGUCUGGUUCGACCUGAUGAGGGAGUUCAGGUGGAACCACAUCAUCCUGAUUGUGAGCGACGACCACGAGGGCCGAGCCGCCCAGAAGAGACUGGAGACACUGCUGGAGGAGAGAGAGACCAAGACUAAAAACAGGAACUAUGAAAACCUCGACCAACAGAACUUUGACUUCAGGAGAACACCCAAGGCGGAGAAGGUGCUGCUGUUCAGCCAGGACACCAACUUGACAGCUCUGCUGCUGGAGGCCAAAGACCUGGAGGCUCGGGUCAUCAUCCUGUCUGCCAGUGAGGACGAAGCUGCAGCGGUGUAUAAAGCCGCCCGUCAGCUCAACAUGACUGGCUCUGGUUACGUCUGGCUGGUCGGAGAGAGGGAGAUGACCGGCAAAGCUCUGAAUGACGCUCCAGAUGGCCUGCUGGGCCUCCAGCUGAUUAACGGUAAGAACGAGUCGGCUCACAUCGCGGACGCCGUGGCGGUGGUGGCUCAGUCUCUGCAGGAGCUGUUUGAGAAGGAGAACAUCACAGAGCCUCCGCGGGGCUGCGUGGGAAACACCAACAUCUGGAGGACCGGACCGCUCUUCAAACGGGUGCUGAUGUCAUCAAAGUACCCCGAUGGUCUGACGGGACGGAUCGAGUUUAAUGACGACGGCGACCGGCGUUUCGCCACCUACAGCAUCCUGAACUACCAACAGAAACCGGGUCGCCUCGUCCAGGUCGGAGUCUUCAACGGAUCACAGGUUGUGAUGAACCCUCAGAGGAAGAUCAUCUGGCCUGGAGGAGAGACAGAGAAACCAGUUGGAUACCAGAUGUCGACCAAACUCAAGAUCGUGACGAUCCACCAGGAGCCGUUUGUUUACGUGAAGCCGACAAAGAGCGACGGGACGUGUAAAGAGGAGUACACCGUUAACGGAGUCUUAAUCAAGAAGGUGAUCUGUACCGGACCCAACGGGACCAUACCAGGUCAGCCCAUCGUCCCUCAGUGUUGCUAUGGUUUCUGCAUCGACCUGCUCAUCAAGCUGGCGAUGAGCAUGAACUUCACCUAUGAGGUUCACCUGGUGGCUGAUGGGAAAUUUGGGACGCAGGAGCGAGUGAACAACAGUAACAAGAAGGAGUGGAAUGGGAUGAUGGGGGAGCUGCUGGGAGGUCUCGCCGACAUGAUUGUCGCCCCCCUGACCAUCAACAACGAGCGCGCUCAGUACAUCGAGUUCUCCAAGCCCUUCAAAUACCAAGGGCUCACCAUCCUCGUCAAGAAGGAAAUCCCUCGCAGCACUCUGGAUUCAUUCAUGCAGCCGUUCCAGAGCACACUGUGGCUGUUAGUCGGUCUGUCGGUCCAUGUGGUGGCAGUGAUGCUUUACCUAUUAGACCGGUUCAGCCCGUUUGGAAGGUUUAAAGUGAACAGUGAAGAAGAAGAAGAAGACGCCCUCACCCUGUCCUCGGCCAUGUGGUUCUCAUGGGGAGUACUGCUGAACUCAGGGAUAGGAGAAGGAGCUCCCAGGAGUUUCUCAGCGAGGAUUCUGGGUAUGGUGUGGGCAGGAUUCGCUAUGAUCAUAGUAGCAUCAUAUACUGCCAACCUGGCAGCCUUCCUGGUGCUGGACCGGCCUGAGGAGCGCAUCACUGGCAUCAAUGACCCCAGGCUGCGUAACCCAUCAGAUAAGUUCAUCUACGCCACAGUGAAGCAGAGCUCGGUGGAUAUCUACUUCAGACGGCAGGUGGAGCUGAGCACCAUGUACCGGCACAUGGAGAAACACAACUAUGAGAGCGCCGCUGAGGCCAUCCAGGCUGUCCGAGACAAUAAGCUUCAUGCCUUCAUCUGGGACAGUGCUGUGUUGGAGUUUGAGGCAUCCCAAAAGUGCGAUCUGGUGACGACAGGAGAGCUGUUCUUCCGCUCUGGAUUUGGGAUUGGAAUGAGGAAAGACAGUCCAUGGAAACAGAAUGUAUCUCUGGCUAUUCUCAGUUCUCAUGAGAACGGCUUCAUGGAGGAUUUGGACAAGACGUGGGUUCGAUACCAGGAGUGUGACUCUAGGAGCAACGCCCCCGCUACCCUCACCUUUGAGAACAUGGCAGGUGUGUUCAUGCUGGUUGCUGGUGGCAUCGUCGCCGGGAUCUUCCUCAUCUUCAUCGAGAUUGCCUACAAACGGCACAAAGACGCUCGAAGGAAACAGAUGCAGCUCGCCUUUGCUGCCGUGAAUGUGUGGAGGAAGAACCUACAGGAUAGGAAAAGUAGAGCAGAGCCCGAGCCCAAACUGAAAACCUCUUUUAGGUCCAUCACUUCGACCUCCGACCUCAAACGCCGUAGGGCCUCCGGGGACGCCACGCCGUACCCAACCGACAUCACCGGCCAGCUCAACCUAUCAGAUCCCUCCGUCAGCACCGUGGUCUGAGAGAGAGAGAGAGAGAGAGAGAGAGAGAGAGAGAGAGAGAGAGAGAGAUAGCGAGCUUCACUGCUGCUGCUGAGCCUCACACACACCCACACACACACCCACACACACACACAUACACACACACUCUACAUAAACACACAGAUGGACAGACUGAGCUUCCUCUGAGACAGGAAGGAAAUGGCAUCAGGUCUUUUGGAUGGUGUCACACACACAUACAUACACACAUUAUACAAACACACACGUACACACACCAUCUGUCAUCCCACACCCUCCACCCACUGCAAACACACACACAAACACACACUCGCCCUGCUCUGCUUGUAGCUGUCAGCCUCCUCCAAACAGAAGGUCUUUUAUUUUGAAAGAACUGUCUCAGACUGGUUUUAUUUUGGUAAAUGUCUGUGAUGUUGUACAGUUUGUUCUGUUUCCUGUCUGUCACUAUGAUCAAUCGCACUGAUUCACCAAACGUCCCGAUCAGAAGCAGAACUGGUUCAUCUGCCGGCGACGCCUUCGUUCUGGACUCUAACACAAACAGAACUUAUUGAUCAGGAACCUGUCGACAAGGAACCUGUCAAUAGGGAACCUGUUGAUUGGUUAUCUGUCGAUAGGGAACCUGUCGAUAGGUUAUAUGUCCAUAAGGAACUUGUUGACCUGUUGAUAGGUAAUCUCUUGAUAAGGAGCCUAAGGGAUCAGUCAGUCAGGGUUCUGUUAAUUGGGAUCCUGUUGAUAAGUCAAGUCAAGUCAAAUUUUAUUUAUAUAGCGCCAAUUCAGAACAGAAGUUAUCUUGAGGCACUGUACAUAUAGAGCAGGUCUGGACCGUACUCUUUAUCUUAUAAAAUUUACAGAGAGAAACCCAACAGGUCCCACCAUGAGCAAGGACUAGACGACUGUUGACUGGGAACCUGUCGAUCAAUGACUUGACAAUCAGGAGCCUGACAAUUAGGAACCACCCGGUCGAUGGGGAAACCAUCACUAAGGAACCUAGCGAUCAGGAACCUGUUGAUCAUGAACAUAAUCACAGUUCAGAGGGUGGUAGAUGGGUCAAGUCUCUGGGACAGGAAGUUCUUUGACAUGGAACCACAGAUGUGAUUGGUCUUGAAGGAACCCAACAGUUUGAUUCAUCUUGUUAAACCCCCCUUACCACUGGGUUUUAAAUAUCUGAAUAUUUAUUCUAAUAUUUAUUAAUGAAAUCUUUAUUUACAAAUGUUUCACUUACAAACAGGCAUUUCUAUUUUUGGGGGCUUCUUCAAGAUUUAAAGAAAAGUUUUAAAAUAUUUUCAAAAGCUGAAAAUUUGUAGAAACCUCCUACGUCUUUGAAACAACUACAUUUAUUUUAAAGACGUUUAGAGUCCUCAAAGUCCUGAAAUAUGGUUUUAGGUCUUGAACAUAAAAUAUUUAUUAAAGAUUAAUAUUAUAAAGAGAGAUAAUCUUUUAAUUAAUAAUUUCGGUCACCGUGUUGUUACUAAAGAGUAUAAAGUUUGCAUGAAAAAACUAAAUUUGAUUUUAGACUAAACUGAAAAUCAGAAGUUCAUGUAUCUAAAACAGUUGUGUUGACUUUUACUACGAAACAUACAUUUAUUCUAAAACUAUGUCCAUGACCAAAGAGAUAUUUGCCUAAACACCAAAAAACACCCUGUAGGCUUUUUUUUUUUUAAUUUUCAUUUAAUUGUUUGGCUUAUAAACAGUCACGUGUAGACAAUCACUCACAAUAAGUGUAAAAAGUGCAAUAAUACCCUCCCCUCACUUUCAUACAUUCUUCUUAAAUAUUAGAUAAAUAUAGUUUUGCCUGUUUUGAGUUGUUAAAGUGCAACAGGAGGUUUUUCUUGUGAAUCACCAGAUUUCAUAUAAAAUACUUUCUGACCCAGAGGCUCCGCCCACACACCCCUGACAGUCCCAGGGCAUGCUGGGAAAUGUAGUCACUGCUCCACCUCCACUGUGUCCCAGCUGAUGAUGUCAGUCUCUGUCUACCUCCACAACACUGCCAACAACAGAAACUGAUGUCCUGUGAAAACCUCCUAACUCCACACAGACCCGCUGGAGUUAAGAGGUUUUCACACCACAGACGCGAUGUAGCUGACGUCUCUAAAGUUAAAUAACACUGUCGGUAUGAAUAAUGUUGUUCUGUGAAAAACACACAUGUAUGGAAAUGACAACAAAGAGCUGAGAGCCUCACUGAGAACAAGAAAACCUCAGUGAUCCUGAGGAAGAACAGUUUAGGUAAUUUAACGUCACAUCCCUGAUCCAUCAGUUUUUAUAUUAAUUAUUUCUUUCACAUCAUUUAUAUGUAAAUCAACCUGCAGAGAUGUGAAGUACAUCUGUAAAAGUUUCACAGCAAUUUGACUUUUCAUUAAUCCACUUAAUUUAUUUGUUUUGUCCCCACUAAUAAUAAUAAUAAUAGUAAUAAUAAUAAUAAUGUGGAUAGGAACAGUUUUAAUUAAGUAAAUUAAUACAGUAGUUAUACACUAAUGUAACUCAUUAACCAAACCCUGUGAGGACUUUUAUUUAGAUGUGACGACUGAACUGAAAGAUAUUUUUCUCUGUUUUUUUGUUCAGUUUGAUCAAAUAAUUUCUCUGAAUACAACAGACUCUGGGUAUAUAACUGAUGUUAAAGUCUCUGCUGCUCUCAGAUCAGAAUAUUUUGGAUGUUUUCCAGAUCAGUUCGAUCAGUUUCUUUGUUUACUGGAGUGUUUCCGUCCUCUUCGUCACGUCUGUCCAGGCUGACUCUCUACAGACUCACGUUUAUUUCCAGUUUAAACCUGGAACCAGUAAAAACAGUUUGAAGUGAAGGUGAAGGUCUGACAGAGUUCAUCAGUGCAGACUGAAGAACUCACAUUGACCUUGGCCUGCAGUCACAGCGAGAGCAAUUAUUCAACACGUUCAUUUAUUUAGUGGCAGAAAUAUUACUCAGAUCUUUUACUUAUUUAACGCACUGUACAAAUACUCAGUUACAAGUAAAAGUCCUGCAGUGAAAAUGUAUGUAAGUAUAAAUAGGAAAAUGUACUUCAAGUAUUAAAGUAAGAGUCGUGUUUAAGCAGUGUUUUCCAGCUGUCUGUUUAGGACAACAGCAGAUUAUUUUCAUCAUGGAUCAAUCUGCUGAUCAUUUCCUUGGUUGAUUGGUUGGUUGAUUGAUUGAUUGAAUAUCUGGUUUCAGUUCAGUUUACUGUGAUUUAAGACAAGCAACAAAUCUUCAUCUGAGAAGCUGAAACCAUGUUUAAUAUAAGAAUCGUUUCAUGUUCAGUUUAUAAUUUUAUAUUGGAUACUCUUUCCUAAAAUACUUUAAUUUACAUCAUAUUUUAUAAACUCUUCAUGUGUUUUGUGUAAAGGUGCAGCUGUCAGAUAAAUAUAGUACAGUAGAAGUACAAUGUAGCAUGGAAUUAAAAUACUCCAGUAAAGUACAAAUACUUCAAAUUUGUAAGUAAGCACUUGAGUAAAUGUACUCAGUUACUUUCCAUGGCUUCAGUGCGUUGUUCUCAGUGAUGUUCGGCUCGUUUCACGUUGACUCUGAUGCUGCUCCACGACUCACUGUAAACCUUUUAUUUCUAGUUCCUGUGUUGAACAAGGACAUGAAUCGUGAAGGGCAGUGAGGUGAAAGUUGUCGACUCUUCACUGUACAGGAUUCUGAGUAUAAAACAUGUCCAGACAGUUAGAUAGACUGGGGUAAGAAGCUCUGUCAGAGAGUUCUUAAAAACCUGACAGUCAUCAGGAGAUAAUGCUGUGUUUUAAUUACUGACUCUGUGUUUACUGUGAACUCUGCACUAAUCUGGAUUAUGUUCAGAGGCUACGUGUAGAUUCAUAUCCAGAGUCCAGGUUCACAUCCAGAGUCCCAUCUGUGUUUCAGGUUCAGAUAAAGAUUGUGGUUCUGGUUCAGUGUAAAUAAACAGUUUGUGUCUGGGUCACUGUGAACUUUUUCUGUAUUAAACCAGACCAGGAUCUUUCCCUGAACCUGAACCAGGAGCUGUGAGAGUCUGAACAGAACCAGGAAAAUGGUUCAUAAAGCUGGAGUUCAGGAUCAACUAUUUGCGGCUACGUAAAUAAACAUUUCCUCACUGUGUUAAAGGAGCUAUAUGUAAGUUUCUGCUGUCUCUACAUAGCUAAUGUUAGCAUUAACAUGUGCAUGUACAAGACAGGAAGUUAGAAUACGUCUGACCAGAGCUACUUCUUCAUCCUCUCAUGUUGGACUGAGGACAAACAUUAGCUUUUUACUUCUGGAGGUUGGAUUUAGGCUUCAAACAUCAGAACAGUGGUGUUCAUCUGUGAAGAUUAUCUGAUCAACUGAACCUGAAGGAUCAGAAACUUUAGCUGCUCAGUUUAUUUUCUGGAAUAAUCCAAAACACUAUGAAAAAAUCCCAGGAAAGGAAUGAAGUUUGGUGCUGAACUCACAAUCUUUCUUCUAGACUGGUAAGUACAUAGAUGCUAAUGCUAACGUUGGCUAUGUGGCGAUAGCAAAAACUUACAUAUAGCUCCUUUAAGGGAAAACAUGAUCCAGUCACAAUUACAUUCCUACAAAACAUAUUUGCUGUUGCAGUUUAGUUGUUUAAGAAGAUCAUUUCUAGGGUCCAUUAACUAAUAGAUGUGUCAUGUGACUCUGCAGGUGUCAGUGAUGAUGAGUUUCCUGUUCAGUCACAGUUUAAAUGUGAACUUUAAUUUUCACUUGUGUCUUUUACACAGGUACCUAUUUGAUUUGUUGAUUUAAAUCAUCACAGUGAAUUUCAUUAAACCAUAUCAGACUUAAAAUUUAAAUUUAAAGAGAUUUAAAGUUGUUUAUGAUCAAUCAAUAAUGUCAGUUUUGUUAAGGUGGGUCUGUGUGGGUGCAGCUCAGUCCAAUGGUUUUAUAAUGAUGUCACAGUUUUUCAGUUUGUUUCUGACUUUUUCCUGCUGUACAGAUGACGAUGAUGAUGAUGAUGAUGCUGGUUGUACUGAAUCUGUAGUCACAUAUAAACUGAUCUGAGGUCUGUGGUAGAAGACGUUUCUGUGCAGCCAUUUGUUAUUUUCACUUUUCUGUCUUGUAAACACUGAAGCUGUAGAAGAAGACUUUUCCCUCCUUCCUCCCUCUGUGCGGCACUUUGUCCGGGAAUGUGAACGCUUCACCUCUGACCUCUGACCUCUGCAGGAGUUGACAUGAACUGUUUUAUAUUCAUUGAGUUCGGUUGUUUCUCUCUAACACAUGUAGCCGCUCGACUUGGAGCUUCUGCUGUUUUUCAUCAAACAUAAAGACUCGAACUCAGUGGGUGUCGACAUCUGUGGUUUUUAUUUUCUGUUUAAUGAUUUCACCUGAAACGUUCGUCAGUGUCAGUUUCUCUCAGUUUUAAUAUCGUGUGAAGAUACAAACUCUUAUAUAAUAAACACCUUAUUUUACAAGUAGUUUGUAGAAAGUGAUAAAUCUGAACAAACAGUUUGGUCCUAAUUAUGAGGUAAAUACAAUGUUUAAUUAUUAUUACAUUUAAAAUGAAUAAAAUCCAGUAAAUGUUUAGCUGCAUCUGUAAAAAUGUAAACUUUGUGUACAGCAUCAUGAGAAUCUCCAUAUGUUGAGAGUUAAGUUUCCAGUAAUAAAUGAAUAUUUAACAUGA